AUGAACAGAGGAAGAGGAGGAUUUAGAGGUGGUGGUGGCCGUGGAGGUGGAUUUGGUGGAAGAACUUUCCAACCUCAAGGACCUCCAGACACUGUGCUAGAGAUGGGAUCAUUCAUGCAAGCUUGUGAAGGUGAUAUUGUAUGUCGUUCGAUCAACACCAAGAUUCCAUACUUCAAUGCACCAAUAUAUUUAGAAAACAAAACUCAAGUGGGGAAAGUCGAUGAAAUUUUGGGACCUCUCAAUGAAGUAUUUUUCACCAUUAAGCCAUCUGAGGGUGUAAAGGCUGAAUCGUUCAAAGAAGGAGAUAAAUUCUUUAUUGGACCAGACAAGUUGUUGCCCUUGGAAAGAUUUUUGCCCAAACCACCGUCAGUGGGACCAAAGCCAAAGAGGAAGGCUGGUGCAGGUGGUGCAGGUGGAGCUGGCGGAAGAGGUGGAUUUAGAGGUGGCCGUGGUGGCGGAAGAGGUGGUUUCUCAAGCAGAGGAGGUGCUGGUGGUAGAGGAGGUAGCCGAGGUGGUUUUGGUGGAGGUAGAGGCGGUGGAAGAGGUGGCUUCUCUGGUAGGGGCGGAAUUUCAAAGCCAAGCAGAGGUGGUUUUAGUGGAGGAAGAGGCGGAAGUAGAGGAGGAAGAGGUGGUCGUUUUUAA